CCCGGCGGGGCUGUUCCACAGCACAAUCCACUUGCACUUUGCUCUUUUCCCGGUCACUUAUGUGUUCUUGUUUCUGUGGAUUUGACUCCUUUCAUUGACAGGUCGCAAACUAAAAACCCUAAUGGAUGAUGAACUGUCCGCAACAAAAACGGAGAACUCAGGAGAUGAAUUCUUGAAAGAAGCUCUUGUUAUUUUAAUGCAGGAUGCAGUGCAAAAGGGGACAGACAGGAGCCACAAGGUGUGUGAGUGGAUGGAACCAGAGCAACUUCAUGAAAUCCUGAACUUAAAACUACAGAGACACGGCGAAUCUCAGCAAGCAUUGCUGGGCUACUGCAGAGACAUUGUCAGGUUUAGUGUCAAGACAGGGCAUCCACGCUUCUUCAACCAGCUGUUUUCUGGAUUAGACCGACAUGCGCUGACUGGUCGCAUUCUGAGCGAGACCUUGAACACUAGUCAAUAUACCUAUGAGGUUGCUCCAGUUUUUGUUUUAAUGGAAGAAGAAGUUCUCAGAACUCUGAGGCAUUAUGUUGGCUGGACGGCUGGAGAUGGGAUUUUCUGCCCAGGAGGCUCUAUUUCCAACAUGUAUGCUAUAAAUGUGGCCCGAUUUCAGCGCUUCCCACAUGCUAAAGAGAAAGGAUUGAGUUCCCUGCCAAGGAUGACUAUAUUCACAACACAAGAGAGCCAUUAUUCAGUCAGAAAGGGUGCAGCAUUCAUGGGCAUUGGAACUGACAACAUCAUCAUUGUACAGACAAAUGACAGAGGGAAAAUGUUGCCUGAAGAUUUAGAGAACCAAAUUCAGAAAUCAAGAUCGGAGGGUUCUGUGCCUUUCUUGGUCAGCGCAACUUGCGGCACAACUGUUCUAGGUGCUUUUGAUCCUUUAGCAGAAAUUGCUGAUGUAUGUGAACAGCAUGGAUUAUGGCUGCAUGUGGAUGCUGCUUUUGGUGGCAGUGCCCUCUUGUCCAACAAGCACAGGCACCUUUUAAAUGGCAUAGAAAGGGCAAAUUCUGUCACUUGGAAUCCUCACAAGAUGCUGGGUGUAGGUUUGCAAUGUUCAGCCUUUCUCCUUCCGGACACGACAGGACUAUUACAGCGAUGCCAUGCAGCUUAUGCCACAUAUCUCUUCCAAACGGACAAAUUUUAUGACCUUCAGUAUGACACUGGAGACAAAUCAAUCCAGUGUGGUCGAAGGGUGGAUUGCUUAAAGCUUUGGCUGAUGUGGAAGGCACUUGGGUCUGAAGGUUUGGAAAAGCGAGUGGACAAGGCAUUGGAACAAACCAGAUAUUUGAUGGAAGAGAUGACGAAGAGGGAAGGUUUUUGUCUAAUUAUGGAGCCAGAAUUUGUGAACCUGUGUUUCUGGUAUGUGCCACCUAGCCUUCGACACCAGCAGAAUUCCCCUGAUUACUGGGAGAGACUAGGAAAGGUAGCUCCAGUAAUAAAAGAGAGAAUGAUGAAGAAAGGUUCUAUGAUGGUUGGGUACCAGCCCCAUGGAAACAGAGUAAACUUCUUUCGUCAAGUUGUAGUGAAUCCUGCAGUAACUAAAAGAGACCUGGAUUUUUUCCUGGAUGAAAUAGAACUAUUAGCAGAGGACCUCUGAUGUUUUUUUCAAAGCUUUCUAUAUCGCACUCUCUAUUUAUGAGGUCUUGUCAAUGAACUAGUAGUGGCCCAGUGGUCUCACACAUUUGUUUUGCUUUUUGUUGCUUGAGAAAAACCAGCUAAAAAUUGUAAACUACCAACAGGAUAAGCCCUUUACAUUUACUCAUCGUGUUAUACUGCAGGCACAGGACCUAUUAUCCAGAAUGCUUUGAACCUGGGCUUUUCUGCAUAAUAGACCUUUCCUUUUUUAUUAUAUGGAUCACCAUACCUUAGUUUAAACACUAAAUAAGCCCAAUAGGAUUGUUUUGCCACCAAUAAGGAUCUUUGUUGGAAUCAAGUGCAAAUAGACUGAUAUAUUAUUAGAGAGAAAAAGGAAAUCAUUUUAACGCGUAUAGGUAAAAUCACUGGGGUGCCAAAAUGUUAGGCUAACGUAACUGCUUAUACCUUAUAUCUCGGGUUGGUGGUCCUGUUAGAAAACCACAACAGCCCAGGUAAGUGGGGUUUUCUCCUAACAGGAGCACCAGCCCGGGGUACAAGGUAAGCAAUUACAGUCACUGGGGGUACCUAUCUGGGUUCAGCCCCAGUGAUUUUACCUGUCCUUCUCCUUUAAAAUGAUUUCUAUUUUCUCUCAGUCUAUUGUACUCGGUUCCAACAAAGAUCCUUAUUGGUGGCAAAACAAACCUUUCCUUCUCCAUAAAAACAACUUUAUAGUUAUAACUUAUAGUUAUUU